AUGGACCACCAGCAAGGUCAACCAGGGAUUCCAGGCCCUGCCGGCCGCCGGCUUCAUAUUGCCCACCGACGAAGUCCAUCUGAGUUGACCCCUCUAAUGAUGGAACAACUUGCUAUUCAGCAACAGAUUGAGUUGCUCCAACAGCAACAGCAACAAAUUGCCGCUACGCAUCAACAAUACGUUAAUAUGGGACUGCUGCAACCCCAACAACCAAUUGGUCAGGUUUCGGGAUUUUCUCCCCAACUUGGUCAGGGAACAAUGGCCGGCGUAUCACCUCAGGUCAACGCCUUCCAAUUUCCUCAGCAGCUCGGAGUUCCCACAAACAAUGGACCCUCCCAUCGCCGAAACCAGUCUGCCCUACCUGGCAUGGGAAUGGGCCCGCCCCCAGCUCCGUCGUCCGGCGCAUCAGGAUCGGCUUUUGCGGAUCUUCACCAAGGAAACCAGAAUCGUGAGAAUGGUGGUCCGUCGAGGGGACGAGGUGGACCUAUCGGCGGAGGUCAUCAGCGACGCCACUCAUUAGCUCUUCCAGAAGCGAAGAAGGCUGCAGAGCUCGCACAGCAAAAGCGUACUGCAGCCGGCUUCCAGUUCCCUGCUCCCGGCUCAUCUGAAUCGCCCACCGCAGAAGAAAAGCCGAAGACUCCUCAGCCCCAAGGACUAGGCCUGCAACGUGCAGGCAACUUCCGGGGUGGAACCCACGGCAGAAGCCAGUCUAUGGCCGUUGGUCGCGGCGCAACCGGUUUCCAAUUUCCCAUCCCUGAGAGUAGCCCUGCUGAACCUCCUCGUCGUGGCCAUGGUCGAACGCCUUCGAGGAACUUUGACGGCAAUUGGCGCCAGCCAAAUAACAAUAACAAUCAAAAUCAGGAUCAGCAGAAAUCGAACCAAGGCGGAUUUGGACAACAGCAAGGUGGCAAUACCUUCCAGCCGGGCCACCGCUCGCGAGCAUCCAUGAACCAGUCCAUUGGUUCGAUCGGCCAAUUCCAAUAUCCUAACGCUGCUCCCCAGCUGAUCCAGUUACCUCAAGGCCAGGUUGUCAUGGCACCGCAAUUGUUCAAUGGCCAGCAACUCAACCCACUCCAGCUCGCUCAACUUCAGGCUAUGCAACAGAAUGGUCAAUUGAAUGGCCUACAAGCUAGCCAACACGCCCCUCAGCAGUUGACUGCGCAGCAGCAACAGCAACAACGCAAGACGCUCUUCMCCCCAUMCCUUCCGCAAGCCAAUCUACCUGCCCUCCUCAGCAAUGGCCAACUGGUCGCCGGUAUCCUUCGUGUCAAUAAGAAGAACCGGUCGGACGCCUAUGUCACAUGCACCGAACUAGAUGCUGAUAUCUUUAUCUGUGGAAGCAAAGAUCGUAACCGUGCUCUUGAGGGAGACUUUGUUGCCGUCGAACUUCUAGACGUUGACGAAGUUUGGUCUCAGAAGCGUGAAAAAGAAGAAAAGAAGAAACGCAAGGACAUCACAGACUCUCGAUCUGGAGACAAGCUAUCUCGUUCUGACUCUGGUGCUAAUGGUGAUAACCAACAGGUUGGCCCUGACGGUAGCAUUCGUCGUCGUGGUAGUCUGCGUCAACGCCCGACCCAGAAGAAGAACGACGAUGUUGAGGUGGAAGGACAGAGCCUUCUGUUGGUGGAAGAGGACGAGAUCAGCGAUGAACAGAAACCGUUGUAUGCUGGUCAUAUCGUUGCCGUCAUUGAACGUGUCGCAGGACAAAUGUUCUCGGGAACUCUAGGUCUUCUACGUCCCAGCAGCCAAGCUACCAAAGAAAAACAAGAGGCUGAACGUGCCGCCAGAGACGGCGGACACGGUCGCCAACAUGACAGACAGCAAGACAAGCCUAAGAUUGUGUGGUUCAAACCUACUGACAAGCGUGUACCCUUGAUUGCCAUUCCCACUGAGCAGGCACCCCGUGAUUUUGUCGAAAAACACCACGACUAUGCGAACCGCAUCUUCGUCGCUUGUAUUAAGCGGUGGCCUAUCACCUCUCUUCAUCCAUUCGGUACACUUGUUGAGCAACUUGGCGAGAUGGGUGAUUUGAAAGUCGAGACUGAUGCACUUUUACGUGACAACAACUUCGCAGCCGAUGAAUUUUCCGAGGCUGUGCUUAAGAACGUUGGCUGGGAAGACUGGACUGUGGCUGCCGAAGGCGAUGCUCUUCUAACCACCCGCAGAGAUUUCCGUGACGAAAUCACCUUCACCAUUGACCCAACUGGCACCAAAGAGUUCAACGAUGCUAUCCAUAUUAAGAAGGUCGGUGACGGCAAGGUUGAAAUCGGUAUUCACGUAGCCGACGUCGCACACUUUGUCAAGGCGAACUCAUUGGUCGAUAGAGAAGCCAAGAAAAGAGGAACAGGAGUCCAUCUAAUGACCCGAGUCGUCAAUAUGCUGCCACCUCGGUUGUCGAAUGAGAUAUGCUCUUUGCUUCCUGGUCAGGAACGCUUGACCGUUAGUGUUGUCUUCCAGGUUGACACCGCGACUGGCGCAGUCGACGAUGAUGUGUGGAUUGGAAAAAGUGUGAUCAAGAGUUCUGGGAAGCUGAGCUACGACGAUGUCAAUGCCGCCAUCAAGGGAGAGACAGGAAGUCCUUUGGAAGGUGUAACUGCCGACGAUAUUCGUCUUCUCGGAGCAAUCACCACCAAAUUCAAAGAGACCAGGUUCGGCAAUCGUGCUACCGAUAUUCCGGCCUUGCGUCUCAUCUAUCAGCUCGACGAUGAGAACAUGCCCGUGGAACUUAAUAUCUUCGAUUCAUCUCCAGCUCAUGAAGUAAUCGAAGAAUUGAGCUACAAAGCCAACUUCUUCGUUGCACGCAAGCUCUUUGCUGCAAUGCCCGAGAAAGCGUUCCUUCGCCGCCAAGCUGUUCCCAACCCCCGCCGCCUGCAGACCUUUGUUGACCGAAUGAACAGACUAGGAUAUGACAUUGACCCUUCUAGUAGCGGUUCUCUGCAAGCCAGUCUGUUCAAGAUCCAAGAUGUUGAUCUUCGCAAGGGUAUGGAAACCGUCCUGAUCAAGGCAAUGCAACGCGCCAAGUACUAUGUCGCUGGUAACGUGACUGAAGCCCAACGCCAACACUACGCUUUGAACCUGCCGCUCUACGCCCAUUUUACAAGCCCGACUCGUCGCUACGCUGAUGUCAUUGUUCAUCGUCAACUGGAUUCUGUUCUGUCUAAUGGCGCCAUUGAAUUCACUGAGGAUGUUGAUACAUUGGUCAAGACUGCUGAACAGUGCAAUAAUAAGAAAGACUCCGCCCACAACGCCCAGGAACAAAGUGUGCAUAUCGAAUCCUGCCGUGUCAUGGACAAGAAGCGAUCUGAACUCGGUGGUGAUCUUAUCAGCGAAGGUAUCGUUCUUUGCGUUUACGAGUCUGCCUUUGAUGUGCUCCUUCCUGAAUUCGGCUUCGAGAAGCGCGUGCAUUGCGACCAGCUUCCACUGAAGAAAGCGGAAUAUCGUAAAGACACUCGUGUUCUGGAAUUGUACUGGGAGAAGGGUAUCCCAUCUUCUGCCUACAUUCCGGAGGAUGAACGUCCCAAUGCAAGCAGUUCCAGAGCUGCUCACGCGGCAGCUGCUGCUCAAGAAGCAGAAGCAGCCCGCGAGCGUGCACGCGAGAGAGAAGAGGCUCAACGAAAACAAACCGAGACUGGAACAAUGUCUACGGAUGACGUUGAUGCUCUCUUUGAUGACGAUGACGAUAUUUCGGAAGUGACUGAGAUGGCUGCCGGCGUGUCACUCAACUCCUCGGCCGAUCGCCCAACACAGAGCAUGCCUCCAUCACCGACGCGCAAUGGUCAUGAUGGUCAAGGUCCGCAACGCGCUCGCUCUGACCCUAAGAUCGCAAUCAGUGCCAGCGAAACACCUGAAGCGAAAUUGACGGACAAGGAGAAGUACCUCAAGCUCUUCAAGCUUCGGGAGGAGGAUGGCGAAUAUAUUCAGGAUGUGACUGAAAUGACUCGUGUUCCUAUCAUUCUCAAGACCGAUUUGAGCAAGAGCCCACCAUGCCUGACCAUCCGUUCGGUCAACCCUUACGCUCUAUAA